UUCCUCGGGUCCAGGAUAAAAGGCCGGUUUGUUCGACCAUUUGUGAUCGUAUUCCGCUCCACCUCUGAGCUUAUGCUACCUUUCCAAGUUUCUUCCUUGCCUUCCCCAAACUCCUCUUCUACAGCACCUCGCUAUUAGCCCUACAUCUUUAUUUAUCUUCCUUUCUUCGUUCCAGCCUCUGUCUUUCACUCUGUCUCUCAGUGCCUUGUUGGGAGGGGAAAAAAAAGUAGUGUGUCCUUUGCGAGCAACAGGGAGAACCACAGCAAAUUCUGAUCCAGGCGAGCAAUAAUGGCACUAGAGACUGUAGUUUUCUCGCAGGAUCCCUUCUCACAUAGUUGCUGCAAGGACUCGUACUCCUUUGCCGCGGCUUGGAACCCCGACGACCAUGGCUUCCUUGCAGAAGAAGAGAAAGCCCCUGUUGGAGUGCUCAUCAACAGCAACGUAGACGACAGACGUGUCCAUGCAACUUGGGAUUCUAACUCUUCUCCCGAGGCCUGCACCGCCGGCCCAUCACUGAUCUCCCCUGCUCCCUCGGGUCGUCGUAAACGACGUCGCACCAAGAGCGCCAAGAACAAGGAGGACCUAGAGAGCCAGAGGAUGACUCACAUUGCUGUGGAGCGCAAUCGACGGAGACAGAUGAAUGACUACCUGGCGGUGCUUCGUUCCCUGAUGCCUCCAUCUUACGUUCAAAGGGGGGACCAAGCUUCUAUAAUAGGAGGCGCCAUCAACUUUGUUAAGGAGCUAGAGCAGCUAUUGCAGUCAAUGGAGGGACGAAGGAUGAGGACGAAGCAACAAGAGCAAGAGUGCGGGACGUGCAGCUCGCCCUUCGCCGAGUUCUUCACGUUCCCCCAGUACUCCACCCAUGCAAAUCAGAGCAACACCAGUUCCCAGCAAUGGGCCGUCGCAGACAUUGAAGUCACCAUGGUCGACACCCACGCCAACCUCAAGAUACUCUCCAAGAAACGCUCCGGCCAGCUCACCAAGAUCGUCGUCGGCCUUCAAGCUCUCAGGCUCACCGUUCUCCACCUUAACGUGACGACUCACGACGACAUGGUCCUUCACUCUGCCAGCGUCAAGCUCGAAGAUGGGUGUGAGCUGAACACGGUGGAUGAAAUCGCUGCUGCUGUGCACGAAAUAAUGCGCAGAAUCCAAGAGGAAUCGCCUUUCUGUUAAAACUCGAAGAUGUGAUCUCUUCUUCGUCUUUUUUUUUUUUUUAAUAUUGGGGAUAUCUUAUCUCUGGAAAGGCGGGGAUAUAAAGUGUCGUUCUAAAUCUAAUUAUGAUGCCGUCUCAAUCGACCCUGUGAGAUAACUAAUUAUGAAAAAAGAUAUUAAUAUUUUAGUGGAGAAAUGCGGUAUUGUUGUGUAAUGUAUGGUGGCUGAAAGCAUUGUCCCUGC